AUGACGAUUAAGUCGGAUGUGAAAACCCCUGUUGUGCAGAUUGCCUUACCUCGUGUAUACUGUUUAACUGGACCGUUCUCGGUUCUAGAAACGUGGCACGGAUUUUUCGUGCGACUCGACGUGACACUACCAUGGAAAGGAACAAAAGCCAGGUAA